AUGUCUUCAAUUAUUGAAAUGCCGGAGCUUGUAUUGGAGACUAUUAUAGGAUUUUUGAAUUUUCAAGCAGUAUAUACUCUUCGCCAAGUUUGUAAAGAUUUUCGAAGUUUUAUAGACGAUUUGAAGAAAUCAAAAUUGCCGGAUUCGAAAUUCAAAAAAAUUCAUAUAUUCCUGAAAAAUGAAGAAACGAUUCGGCUCACUUUUAUUUGGAGUUUUGGAUCAGAAAUUGAAAUUGAAAGAUAUUUUGAAAAAGAAAAACCUGGGUUUUUCGAUUUGAUUUCUCAAGGAAUGUGCUUGAAAUACUUUGAAAACAACAAGAACUGCUCUGAAAAAGAAGAUCUUGAAUUUUAUAUCAGUUCUCCAGAUUUCGAACUUUCCCACCUUACAUCGACACAUUUUGAAGAACGGGAGAGUUUGUCAACAGCAUGGGGAGCUCCAUUUGAAUGUCAAUAUUCUCGAUUCUGGUUUUUUCAAAUGAAAAACUCAAAAAUUCUGAAAAUUACAUAUCAAUGUGUGGUGUUUAAAGUUCAGAUUUGGUUCACAUGUAUUGAAAUUGGAAAUGUUCCCCAAGGAGCAAUUAUUCAGGAUUAG